CAGAUCAUCAAUACGAAAUUCAUUCGUUAUACAUGACAUAGUAAAUGAACCGAAUACUAGUAACUAGUUCUGUGUAGGGAACAACUAAUUUAUUCAUCCUAUUAAACCACCAAAUUCUUACUGUACGGUAUUGGCAAGUGUGGGAGGGAGAGAGAGAGAGAGGGACAGCGACACUAGACCCAAUGGAUCAUUAAUCUUGGGUGCCCUGGGAAUUCGAUCCCCCCGGCCCCUUUUUUCAGGCUACCUCACCAUGCAACCAUUUUCCUUCCCACCGACUGACUCAAUUUUCUUCCCUAAUGAUCGGACCUCCACUCACGAGAAUACCGUUGCAGUAGCCUAUCAAAGAUGAUCACACUGGAUGAAGGAAGGAUUGACAGAACCAUUCUGAUUGUGAUGGGUGUGCUGUGUAUCUGGGGUACACGGAGUACCUGGCACGGAUUCGAGGCCAGGCUGUUGCUGUUCCGGUUCAUAUCUUGCGAUCGGACGAUUGAGGUUAAUUAUCGGCGGGUGGGCCAACCGGGACCAGUGAAAUUAAACAGUUGGCUGGAUUGGUUGAAUCCACACGCGUUGCCGGUUAAUGCCACACCCACUGCUCAUCUCUCUCUCUGUCUCUGUGUCUCUGUCUCUCUCUCCCUUCCCUUUGAUCUCCCCCUCUGUCUUCCACCCCCCUUUCAAUUCGGUCCGCACAGUUUGUGCCAUUAACCGGAGGCAAGUUGUAAGACCACCAGCAGCAGCAGUAGUAGUAGUAGCAGCAGCAGCAGUAGUCAGAUACGACUAGCAAUUUGUGCUUAACCGACUCCUGCACUAGGAGGAUUAUCAUAUCAUUAGUGAUUGUGGUGAGAUUAAUUCUGGCGAACCUUCGAAUCCCCUUCCUUCCAAUCAGCAGGCGCAUCAUAUCA